AUGGCUCUGUUUAGGAAUAAUCGACUCCCUAAUCUUAAGCUCUCUCUUCCACAAGCUUCUACUACUUCCCUCCCCUGUUGCUUCCCAAUCGUUGCCUUUGCAACAGCCUCCACUACAGUUACUUCCUGCUCAAGCAACACCGUCUCUGCUUCUGAUUUGGACAGAAUCAAUGUUCUCGGCAACGGAAACGGCGGAACCGUCUACAAAGUUCGCCAUAAAACAACCUCAGAGAUUUACGCGUUGAAGAAAGUUAAAGAAUACUUGGAUUCUGCUUCUCGCCACCAACUCCUCCGAGAGAUCGAAAUCCUCCGCCUUGUCGACUCUCCUUACGCCGUUAAGUGCCACGACAUCUUCCAGAAACCUUCCGGAGAAGUCUCUAUUCUGAUGGAAUACAUGGAUCUCGGUACGCUCGAGUCUCUAGUCGUCACAGAGGAUCAGCUCGCUUUGAUCGCUCGUCAAGUUUUGAAAGGGCUAAAUUACUUGCACGAGCUCAAGAUCGUUCAUAGAGACAUCAAGCCAGCGAACCUGCUACGUAACUCGAAACAAGAGGUCAAAAUCGCAGACUUUGGAGUGAGCAAGAUCGUGGUCAAGUCUUUGGACAAGUGCAACUCAUUCACCGGCACUUGCGCUUACAUGAGCCCCGAGAGAUUCGACAGUGAAGCUGCUGGUGCAGAGGAAGAAAGCGAAUCAAACGUUUACGCUGGAGAUAUAUGGAGUUUUGGGCUUACGAUGCUCGAGAUCUUGGUGGGUUACUUCCCGCUUCUUCCUCAAGGACAGAAACUAGAUUGGUGUACGCUAAUGUGCGCCGUGUGCUUUGGAGAACCACCGAAAGCCCCCGAGGAAUGCUCCGACGAGUUGAAGAGUUUCAUCGAUUGCUGUUUACGCAAGAAACCUAGCGAGAGAUGGACAGCUUCACAGCUUCUCAGCCACCCUUUUCUUCUCCUCCAAGAUUAG